CUUGAUUUGUAACAUACAGCAUGUUCUUUUAGAAAUUAGAGGACUCUCCUAACCUUCAUCUAUCAAACCUGUAGCUUUAUACUUACUGUAAAACAAAAACUUAAGGAAAUAUGUCAAUGGCUGAAAAAGAAGCAGAUCAUGUAAAGAUUGUAUUGCUGGGUGGACGUUGGGGAGGAAAAAGUUCCUCUGGAAACACCAUCCUAAAUAAAGAAGUGUUUGGAAUCUGUGAACAUACAGAAGUCUGUGCGAUGGAGACGAACAAAAUUGCAGGCAUGCAAGUCAGCGUGGUUGACACGCCAAGUUGGAACUGGGUUUGUGCAGAAUCCUCUUCAGAUGAACUUAAGCAGGAACUGAAGCGCAGUGUUGAGAUGCUUGGUGAAGGGACCCAUGCCUUUCUACUGGUUUAUCCAUUAGGGGCUGCAUUUUUAAAGAGACACAAAAUUGCCGUAGAAGAGCACUUGGAGCUUUUGGGUGCUGAUGUCUGGGACCACACCAUGGUCUUGUUCUCUCGGGGGGAUUGGCUAGGAGAAGUCACUAUUGAGCAGCAUAUUCAGGAAGCAAAAGGAGAAUUGAAGUGGUUGCUGGAUCAGUGUAAGAAUAGGUAUCAUGUUCUUAAUAAUAAGGUGAAGACCAAUGAGAUGCAAGUUAUUGAACUUUUGGAGAAGAUCCAAAGGAAUAUUCGAGGAAAACGAAAGAGGAGCAGGGUUGACCCACCCCUGUUUUAGACCUUGUAUUUUAGAAGUAUUAGCGCUGUUUCAUGUCCAAAAAAAGUAUUCCAUGAGAUGACAUAUGACUUGGAUAUGCUUUGCUAAAAGUAUAUGUAGGUUCUUAUGGUCAGUGUAGGUUUUAUUUACACUUAUAAACAACACUUCUAAAAACCACGGUCACUUGCAAGUUUAUUUUAAUAUUGUAUGAAGGUGUAGGGUGCUACAGUGAUUUACACAGACCUCAACACUGAUUGUGAUUCCUGUUCAUACUGAUUUGUAAAACUCCUGGGCCAACAGUCGUAGACUAUGUUCACCAAUCAUUUUAGAGAUGCACUUUGUUUAAAAAAACAUGUAUAUUCAUUCAUCUUCUAUAACUCUAGGGGUUUGCAGGGAGCCUGUAGCCUAUUCCAGGAAAUCUUAGACACAAGGCAGGGUACACCCAGGACACACACCACACACUCAUUCACACACUAUGCACCAAAGUUUUGGAAUGCCAGUUUACCUAAUCUGCAUCUCAUUCGACUGUGGGAGGAAACCGGAGCACUCAGAGAAAACCCACCAAUCCCUGGUACCGCGACUGCAUCACAGCUGUGCUGAUAUUCAGUACAACAGCACUCCCUUUUGUAUGAUAUUGCUUAAAUCAUGUAUACAGUAGGUUUACAAUUCACAAACUUAGUUUUUAAAGUUGAGUGCAUGGGUAUCUAACAGGGAAAAAUAAAUCAUAUAAACUGCCUGAUUAAAUUGUGGUGAGC